AUGAAGGAGAAAGUCAGUGUUGGGACAUUAGUGGAGAUGCAGUUGAUACCUUUAAUGAUGUUGGAAGCUUUAGAUGGUGCUACCAUUUCCUUAGAUGAGCCAGAGAUGGAAAACUUGCCACGACUCCUUGAGGAUGAAUUUAAGUUACUUUCUGGUGUAGAAGACAAAAUCAUUUCCCUUACGAAAGAGCUUGAGUUUUUUGACUUUUUCCUCAAGAGCUCCGAGGGGAAGCGCAACAACGAUUUUGUGAAAGAAUUGGUGAGCCAAAUAACUGAUGUUGCCUAUCAAGUUGAGGAUGUGGUAGACACCUACAUUGCCAAUGUUACCCAACACAGAAGCAUAGACAUGUUUGAAAAGUCAGUCACCUUACCACCACAUGUUAUGGAGCUUCACAAUGUUGAUCAUAAGAUAGGGAAGAUCAAGAACUGUAUUGAUGAAAUUUAUAAGAACAAGGAGAGAUAUGGCAUCGGAGAAGGCGAAUUUAAAAGUGAAGAAGAAGAACAAGUUUCCAUAAUUGGUAUAGGUGGGUUGGGCAAGACCACACUUGCAAGAAAGAUCUACAACAACUCUCAGGUGAAGGAGUUGUUUCCUUGCCGUGCUUGGGGUUAUGCGUCUAACUAUUACAGACCCAUGGAGCUCUUGCUAAGCCUUCUCAAGUGUUUUCAAUUGUCCGCAUCUGAAUAUAAUAAUUUAAAAGAAGAUGAACUGAAGAUGAGAGAAUGCUUGAAGGGAAAGAAGUAUCUAAUAGUGCUUGACGACAUUUGGAAAACUCAAGUUUGGGACGAGGUAAAAGCUGUCUUUCCUGAUGAUAAAAACGGUAGCAGAAUACUGAUAACAAGUCGUAUAAAAGAGGUGGCUUCUUAUUGUGGAAACCCUUCCUAUUACCUUUCAUUUCUCAAUAAAGAAGAAAGUUGGGAACUAUUUUCCAAUAAGGUGUUUGAAGGUGAAGAGUGUCCUUCUGAUCUAGUGCCUCUGGGAAGGUCGAUUGCUGAAAGUUGUGGGGGUUUGCCACUUGGUAUAGUCGUCUUAGCAGGAUUUGUUAGAGAGAAAGAGAAAUCAGAGAGAGAGUGGUCGAGAUUGAAGGAAGUCAGUUGGCAUAUCACUCAAGACAAGACUGAAGUGAUGGAUAUACUGAAGCUUAGUUAUGACAUCUUGCCUCGAAGAUUAAAGCCAUGUUUUUUGUAUUUUGCAAUCUAUCCUAAAGACUAUGAGAUCGAUGCGAGCGAAUUGAUGGAAUUAUGGAUUGCCGAAGGAUUCAUACAACCAAAAGAGAGUGGAUGA